AUGUCUUCCACCACCCCCACCCCUACUACUACAUACCUCAUAACAGGCACAACACGAGGCAUAGGCAAAGGCCUCGUCGCCUCUCUCCUCCUACGUCCCAAUACGACAAUUAUCGCUUGUGUGCGAGACCCUCUAGCACCCGCCGCGCAAAUUUUACACAAUCUUCCUCGCUGCGCUGAAGGAAGUAGUAAAUUGAUUAUUGUCAAAUUGGACUCGACUCAAGAUUCGGAUGCGAAAAAUGUGGUAGAGGAGAUUCAGACGACCCACUCCAUAACCCAUCUCGACCACGUCUUCGCCAACGCCGGAAUCCUCCCCCCAGAAAGUCUCAUACCCGCAUCCUCACUCGACAUUUCUUGGAUUCGGCAAAGUUUAGAAAUCAACACCAUAGCUCCAAUUCUACUCUAUCAAGCCACGAAACCACUCCUCGAUCGAGCGGAGAAUCCGAAAUUUGUCGUAACAACAUCCAUUAUUGGAUCAAACGCCUUCGCACAAAUGGCUGGUCCCGUUCCGAUUCUUGCCUAUAGCAUGUCCAAAGCGGCUGUGAAUGGAUUCAUUUCCAAAAUCCAUGGAGAAGCUCCGAAUAUCACGUCUAUUGCACUACAUCCGGGAUUGGUGGAGACGGAUAUGUUGCCUGCCAUCAAAGCGUUUUUACCAGAGCCGCCCAUCAGCGUUGAGACGAGUGUGGCCGGGUUUUUGAAAGUGGUGGAUGAGGCGACGAGGGAGAGUGCGAGUGGGAAGAUUUUGCAGUGGAAUGGGGAGGUGCUUCCGUUUUGA